AUGCCCACCGAUGUAUUCGCCCAGCGAAUCAUCAGCAAGAUCGUCAGCCCUGAUCCCCCAAACUAUAUGUUUUUCGGUUCCAAAGUCUACCAUGCUCAGUGUGACAAGCUAGCUGCCGAUGUCGCGGGUUCUUUCGAUCGUACUGACGUAUCGCGUCUUCAGGGCGCCUUGCUACCAGUCAUGGCACUACCGUUCAUCCUGAACAUACUUCCGUCCCCGACUUCAAGGAGCGUGUUCUACACCCGCGCCAUCGAGAAGUUCGACGAGAAUGUAUUCGAGAGCGCGGGCUUCCCGCCUUGGGGCGCGGGAGAGGCCCGCCAGACAAGCUGGAUCCAUAGCGCGGUCGACAAAGGUGAGCCUUGGUCGGGCCCAUACCAGACGCCUUUUACGCCGUCUGGCGCGUACUCUUUUGCUUCACCGUUCAUCACGUCGUGCCCCGAGAGCAACCCUCCUUUGCCAGUCUGUCGUUCUAUUAGUCCCUCGAUGCCCAAGGCAGGGUCCACCAUCAAAGUUUCCGUCGACAAAUCGGACUCUACCGGCAUGUUUAUGGCAUACUACUUCGGCCUGUCUGUCCUAUCCUUAGAAAUCCAGGACGGGCAGAUGAUUAUUCCGGAGGGACUUCAAGAUGUGGUAUUCGCCAGAGUGGUGUCUGAGAAGCCCACAGAGGGCAAGCCGCCUAGCGACGAGACGAUCAGGAGCGGGUUAGUGGUUAUUGAUUUUGGGCUGCCUGCUGACGCGAAGUAUGAGUCGCCCAUGUAG